CAAUCCAAAAAAUUGGUUCAAGAACCUCGGGGGAAUAGUUUCGUUCGCGAGUUUUGUGGUUGGAUUGUUUAGUUUAAUAAUUAUAAAAGCAAAACCAUCAAACAUGUCUUCAGCGUGUUGUGGUACUAAGAAGCAGAAGAUGAACAAUUCCUAUAAUGGUAUAGAUCGACCUUUAAAUGGGUACCAAGAAUCAGUGGCUAUUCCUGAUAUGUGUUACUUUUGUUUCGAUGUUUUGUAUUGUCAGCUGCAUAGUAUGGACCCUCCACAAACGCCAAAUUUUACCAACGAUGCCUACCCUUUGUUUGUAACCUGGAAGAUCGGGAAGGAGCACCGGCUGCGAGGCUGCAUUGGGACAUUCAAUGCCAUGCAUUUGCAUUCUGGCCUCCGCGAGUACGCGAUAACCAGCGCCCUGAAAGAUUCCCGCUUCUCGCCCAUCACUCGCGAAGAAGUCCCCCGCCUCACGGUCUCCGUGUCCAUCCUGCAGCACUUUGAGGAGGCCGAGCAUUACCUGGACUGGAAGCUGGGGAAGCAUGGCAUCAGGAUCGAGUUCAUCAGUGAACGGGGAUCGAAGCGGACCGCUACUUAUCUACCACAAGUUGCUACUGAGCAGGGUUGGGACCAAAUCCAAACAAUCGACUCGUUGCUCCGGAAAGGUGGCUACAAGGCAGCCAUCACCGGUGACAUGAGACGCAGCAUCAAGCUGACACGCUACCAAUCCGAGGAGAUCUCUGCCUCCUACAGCGACUACAUCAGCCAGAGGUGCUAGCACCAACCUCUCCGUCUCCGGGGCCUGGUGACUCACACCUCAUCUCAGUUGCCCUGGAGGCCUAUAUACAGUUCACCACUUUCUAGAGGUUAUAAGAUGGAAAACAGUUCGACUCAUCUAUGUGGUUAUAGUGCUAAGUUAGUAUCUAAGUGUACUCUAGUGGCAUGAUCAGAUUGUGCUCAAAGUGAACGCGUGUCUUAAACAACACUGCCAUCGACAUUCCGAACACCAAAGUUUGAGUAAUGUGUGUGUGAGUUAUGUUAUGUAAAGGCGGCGGUUUGGCGGGAUCGGUCUUAAAACAUCCUAAAUUUACGUUUUCAAGUAGGUACUCUUGUGACCGUAGAUAUUGAAUUACCUAUUGCAAAAAAUACAACUAUGUACUAAGUACUAUUGCCAAAUAAAAUUCUCUGCCAGUCAACCGUAGGGCCAAACAGAGAUACACAAAUGGUACAAAGAUAAAGUUGAAUUAUUUAAGAGGGAAAGGGGUCGACCACUUCAUGGACAAUAUUUUCACAUAAUUUGACGUAUAUUAAUCAUAGUCAUCAUCAUCAUCUUCGUUUGACUUUUUAAAUUUUUUGACUAUUAUAAGAAUUAAGAGCAAAAAACAAAUCCCAUACAAAAUUUUAAAUGCUACUAACACUUUAAAUAGGUAGAUAAUAAAAAAAUCUAACGAAGGGGCAUAGCUGUGGUCGAUAAACUUCAAAUUGUGUCAAAAUAUUAUCAAUAUUGUUAAUAUCAAAGAGGAAAAUGAGGUCUAGGUUUGUAUGAAAAGGCGAUUGCACGCGGCCUAGGGUGGUUCACGUUGGUAUGGGAAAAAUUCAAACUCCAGCUAGAAAAAGCGGCACCCUCUCAUUUUAUUACACGUGUUCUGUUGACUAAAUAUGCCAAGUUUUGUAAUCUUAUCUCAACUACAAGGGGAUGCUCAAACACUUUGAAAAUUUUCAAAGUUGUAUGAAAUCCAAAAGAAACAAGUUAUUAUUUUUUUCAGUUUUAUGUAAGUAGUAGUUUUCACAUUAUUUUAAAGUGUGAUUUAAAAGUUAUUUGAUGAAAAACCAUUUUUAUUUCUAUUUUUUAUGAUUUUUUAGGUGAAAUUCUAAAAAUCUUACUUUCCGAACAAUUAUAAAAAAUAGAAAUAAAACUGUUUUUCUACUUAAAAACUUAUAAAUCACAUGUGCAAAUAAUGUGAAAACAGAUACUUAAAUAAAAAUCUGAAUAAUAAAUACUUCUGUUUUUUGGUUUUCAUACAACAUACAAAAUUUUCAAAGUGGUUGAGCACCCCCUUGUAGUUGAGAUAAAAUUACGAAACUUGGUGUAUUUUAUCAGCAUAAUAAGUGUAACAAAAUAAGGGGAUGGCCCGUCGGAAAAUAAAAAAAAAUUUUUUUGAACCACCCUAACGCGGCCGUCCUCUUUCAUCCUAAUUUUAGCUUUAGUUCAAUUUUUAAUCGGAUAGGCUAAGCCGAAAUUAUUACCGAAUCAAAUGCUCCCUGACCUUACCCGAAGUGCUAAUAAUAUGUAUGUGGUUCGACAUUUAGGAUUGAAAUAAGUAUUUUGGGAAGUGGAUGUUUUGAUUCAAACCAAUUAAUGGUUGAGCAAGGGAACUGUUUUAUGCGUUAUAUUAAUAGGUGGAAAGAACUCCACAGAAGUAAGCAUAAUGGUUUUUUGGUUUGGUUUUUUUUAUUGGGCGCUUUAUGCAGUGUAAUAAUAAAAGUAGAAAGUUUAUUUUAUUAAUAUGGCACAAUACUUAUAGGUUUCUUAAGCUGACACGGUUUUUAUAGAAGAUGUUGACAGUUGAGUACAAAUCUCACGCCAGCUCUUAUGAAUCAACAUUUACUUCUGUGGUGUUCUUUCUAAUGCUAAAGAGAAUUUCAAAUAGAGGAAUAUUGUCAAAGUAAACUCGACGAUAGGCUAGAGGUAUGAUACCAUCUUUUCGAGCGAUGGCGUCAUACCUUUGGCCUACUCUCGAGUAGAUGUAUACUAUUUGACAUUUAACAAAUUUAACACAUAUCAGUGAAAAAAUAAGGAUCAAAGUCAAAUGGCGUUCUAAUAGUGUUAGUCAUUUGUGUCGAAAAAUGGCAGUAAGUGUACUGACUGCAUAAUUUACUUUAACGCAAUUCCUCAGUCUGAAUUCUCUUUGCUAAAAACGAAGUCUGGAAUAUUCUAAAUUAUAGAAUAAUCAGAAUAUAGGAAUAAUCUGGCAAACCCAAUUGUCCGCAGCCGCCUUUUUCUACUGAUGUAAAUGGUUUGCCAAACUAUAAGAGUGGAGAAUAGGCAGAAAGAAUCAUAUUUUUUUUCUUAUGCUACUAUUAUAACCACAAAAAGUUUUUUAUUGUAAAACAUUCCCGCCAAAAUCUUAAGCCGCGCCGACACGUUUGUCCACUUUGAUCGCAAUAUUGACAGUCAGUCUGUUGACAUCUGUUGUUGCAAUAAAAAAAGUUACACGACGACGACGCCUUUGUUUCUUUCUGACGCUUGAUUUAUUUCAUGAGUUGUAAAGGGACAAAACUGAAUCCGCUUGUUAAGUAGUUUAUGUAUUGACAUUAUGAGAAUUAUUAUGAAUGGAUUUUUUGUAAAGCACGAUUGGGUAGAGAUAAACUAAGCUAAGUUGGCAGCGAUUUAGAUAGCCCAGUCUGUGCAAGUGUUAUUUUAAACGACAAACUUCUAUGAAAUUAUGACGUUUAAAUAAUACUUGCAUAGUCUGGGCUGUCGAAACCGCUGCCAACUUAGCUUGGUCUAACUCUAGUAAAUGGGCCAAUGGAGCUGUAAUUUUAGUAUCUGGGUUAGAACAAUUGUAAAUGAAAAUCAACAGUUUUUAUUUAGAAAUCCCCAUAAUAUUGUAAUCUUAUAGUGUCCGACCGAAACAUGUUUUUUUGCCGAAACCGAAACCGAAACCGAAUGUUCGGCUUUGGCUCUAGUUUCGGCCGAAACCGAAACCGAAACCGAAACUUUUGAAGACUUGUUAAAAUCGUUGGAAAAAUGACAUAAAAUCCCUUUUAUACACAUGUUAUGGGGCUGUCAACACCCAAUAUCCUUGAAAUUGAUGUUACUUAAGCAGUUUUUUAAGAAAAUUACUAGAGUUAGACCAAGAUAAUUCUGCAACAAUUUUGAUAACACAAGCAGUGCAAGUGUUAUUUUAAACGUCAAAACUUCUAUGAAAUUAUGACGUAUAAAUAACAUUUGCACUAGUUGCACUGCGUAUGCUAUCAAAAUUAUUGCAGAAUUUUCUUGGUCUAACUCUCAAGUCAAGUUAAUAUGUAGAUACAGGGUUAACCAAAAAACCAACCAAAAAAGCGAGCGCGAAAUUUUUUGUUGACAAUAUCGCAAGGCCGGGUACCAAUCUUCACCUGGGCCUAAAAGUCCAAAAUGCCCCAGAGGCGAACUUUCAUGCGAAGUCAAAGCCGUGCUUCAGGAUAAGUAAUUGAGCAGAGAUUCCAACCAAUAUCCAUUGUAUUAAAAAGCGAGACCGCAGGCCGAGCAUGGCGCAGGAAGGCCAAAGGCUAAGCUGAAGUAGAGGACAUGUGGAACACAAACCAAUAGUAAAUUGAGGUAAAAUCACUCAUUCACUCCGAAACAAUUAGAUAGUGUGCGCGUUAUAGGUAUUGAAAGCCUCUUAAGACUGCGUCGACCGUUCAGUGGCGCCCUCAUUAGUGGAAUUGUGUUUUAUAAUAAACCAAUUAAUUUCUGUACCUAUACAUGAAUCAGUAUAACUAAUAUGUAGGUAUUAAUAUUGUUGUCCUACUUAUUCCCCAACUUUUGGUCUUAUUCCGAAGUACCAUUUGGUAAGUUUCGGCCCGGCCGAAAGGUUCGGCCGUUUUUUGGCCGAAACCGAAACUACAGCCGAAACAUGAUUUUUUGGCCGAAACUGGCCGAAACCGAAACCGAAACCGAACCUUCGGUCGGACACUAUAAUCUUAUGAACUUACAGGUCGAUUUGCCAAAACGUGAUCUGAUAAAUCAUUUAUAGAAAAUAAAUAAUAUCUGUUUUGUCGAAUUGCUUAAAUCAUGUAUGGAGUGAUGGAUAUGAGUUGAUAUAAAAGAAUUGCACCUCGAUAAACAAUAUGAAUGAAUCGAUCUGUAGAUUGUAAUUAUAUAUUUUAUUUUCUUAUAUUAACACAGUAACAAUCAAUAAAAACAAAAUAAGAGCCUGUUUUGCGCCGUAAGGGAGUCCGCGUCGCUUGGGUGCACUUAGGUGCGGGUGUAGGUAAAAUCCUUGGUACGCGUCCGCCCACUUAUAAUAGCAACGCUUAUACUGUUACCUCAUAUUAUUUUUCGUUAACCCGCUUACCCGCUCCGUGCAACUGCGCCAGCUAGCGGACGUCUUAAAGGCGCCAACGCCAUCAAAAUAAAAUUAAAUUUUGCGCGUUAAACUAUCUAUAUAUCUCUGGCUUCUUAGCUGUAAUUAAAUGAAAUGUCUCUUCUAUAUAAAAAAAUAAUACAUAAUUUCACGAACAUCAACGCUCUUACCAAAAAUUAAGCAUGUUAUAUUUUCAAAAUAUUAAAAAAUCGAUAUACAUUAUUAAAAGAUUUUUAAAGAUUGAAUCAAAAUUUAACUCAAUUCCACGCUUAAAAGAAAAAUAUUUUACCUUAUCAAUAUCAUGUUCAGAUUGCCUAAAAUAAAAAAUACAAAAACAAAGGUACUUAUUACAUUAGAUGAUAGCGAUAACUUUAAGGUGAAGUUCUUAUGCUAAAGUCACAAGAAUAUUAUUAAUAUUAGAGAUUAUCCUUAUAUAUCAUGCAUUUGGUUUUGUAAUGAGAAAAGUAUAAAAAAAGCAAAUAAUUAUGAAAGGACAAAAAAAGUUAUGGUUAUGAUCGAUUUGUUAGGGCAAUCCGCCAGUUAUUUGUAUUUCAAGUCUAUAUUUAAAUGAAACAUGGUAAAUACAGGAUGGAUUUUUCAAUGGCUCAAUGAGGGUAGCUUUAGAUCCCCGCGCUGCUACGUGAAAAUGGUUUAAUGAAAAUUUCCCCGACUUAAUCUUAACUAAACUGACAAUUUCACUGAUUUUGGAAAAGUCAGUCAGCAACGAAAUCGACACUUUUGUCGUUUUUUUAUGCCGAUCGAUUGUAUAUUCUACACGGAACUUUAUUAAAUUAAAGAAUUAACUUUCUUAAGACCAUUUUUGUGUGGCAGGAUGGAAUCUGGCCCAUUUAAAAAUCCACCCAGUAUAAUAAACCUUAUAUGUCUAUGACUUAGCUAGGUUUUCGUCAUUUUGUCAAUUUGAAUUUAUCGAGGGAUAUUAUUACCCACACAAAAUACUGACUUGGGACAGAAUUAUACUUGGGUAAGUUAGAUACAUAAUACGGUCGAGUUCACAAACAUCUUUACAAGCCAACAUUACGAAAAUAUAUUUGUACAAACUUAUUGUCAGUGUCUCGAGGAUUAACUCUUUACCAGGCUGACAUGACAAUCGAAUAUCAGUUUUAUUCAUCGAAACUAGAACACAUGUUUGAAGUGCCGUAUGUGGGAAAUAUAUAUCCCUUAGCCUGGUAAAGGGUUAAACUAACUAAAAAUGACAAUUCAAAAACAAUGAUAACCGUCAUCCCCGGCCAUCUGCUCAGCGAGCUGCGUUCGGAGAAGGACUUGAACUCACGGGCCCUUCAGAAAACUCAGUAUUUUAUGUGUAAAUUCCAAAGGAGUGUAUAACAUUUUAUUAUUAUCACAGAUUAAAAUAGCUUAUUUUAAUGGUCGCUAGAAUUUGCUGAACUUAGGUUUCCUUAGGGUAUUUAAAGAUUGUCUGCGAAAGGCCUGCAUGAUCAGAUCUGAAAAUUGAGUAUGAAAUCAGUGGAUGUAUUAGGCUCAAUUCUAAAGCCCCAACUCCCGAAUAGAUUGCUAGAACGUAGUGAAACAUUAUAUUAAUCUAAGUAUUGAAUAUGCAGACAUAAACUCGGUUUCAUAAAUUUUUGUAAUAUUUUAUGCUGCUGAAAUGAAUGGCGCUGUACCGCGCCAUUUAUGUAUUUCAAAAUAUUUCGUGAUAGUUUCAUGUGAACUGGAUUGUCAAACGGCUUUGCCAAGUUUCUAAUAAAAAUAAGCGUAAAAACCGUGGAGACGUUAAUCGUUUCUCAUUUUAAUCAAUUAUUUAUCGAAUUAAAUUUGUUAAUUACUUGUUUCUAAUAAUUAAACAUUUAUGGAACUGAGGCGUUCUCUCAAUAUAGUGUAAUUAUGAAGUCUGAGUGUUGUGACUCCACAACACUUUCGACCUAACAUAGGAUGUGUCUGAGCUUUUCUAGUUAAAUACUGCCAUUAAAGACCUUAUAUUUGGGUUGCAUUAAAGUCCAAAUAUAAUAUGGAAUGCAUUAAGUGGUAUUACUUGCGUCCAUUUUGGCAAGUAUAUAAAUUGUUUUACGAGACGAAACUUGGGACGGGUUGUCACAAAUAUACUGAAAACAUACCUAAAGUAAGAACGCUAAGCACGAAGAAAUUCGUACAUUGACAUCUCAUUUUCUAUCUCAAUUCUAAUCUGAAAAAAAAAACGGUAGUGUCUUUUAACUAUAAAGUACUACGCCAUACAUUUUCUAUGCAAGAAACAAAUGGUCGUUCCAUACAAUUUCCUAUGGGCAGUCCUUCAUAGUAAAAAAAAAAAAACAGUAUAGUUUUGUGUGUGCAAACCAUGGAAAUCAACCAAUAAUAAGCAAUAAUAUAACUAGCAUAAGGUGCAGUCUCGCAUGUGUUCAGGGCAAGUGUUUCCGUUGUGACGUUGUGUGCGGUUUGUUGCCCGUUUUUGUAUCGUAAUUAUGAAUUAAUUAAUAUAGGUUACUGAAAAACA